AUGGACAGGGCCAGGCAGCAGCAGGCACUGACCCUCCUCCCUGUCUGUCUGGCUCUCACCUUCUCCCUCACUGCUAUGGGCAGCAGCCACUGGUGUGAGGGGACCCGGCGGACCACAAAGCCCCUGUGCCAGGACUCGCUGGGAGGGCCCAACUGCAUUCACUUCAGCCGGGCCAGAGGCAGUGGUGGCAGGAGUGACAACGCAGACCAGGCUGUGCAGUACAUUUGGGAGAUGGGAGAUGACAAGUUCAUCCAGCGCCGGUUCCACGCGGGGCUCUGGCAGUCCUGUGAGGAAAGCCUCAACAGCACAGGUGAACAGUGCCGAAGUUUCUGGAGUCUAAUCCCAGCUGAAGAACAAGGUGUCUUGUGGCUCUCCAUUGGGGCUGAGGUCCUGAAUGUAUUUCUGAUGCUGACAAGUGCCAUCCUCUUAGGGACAAAAGUGAGUUGUUGCAGCUCAGGAUUCAACUGGCUCAAGGUGGAUGCCUCGGUGGCCAUUCUCAUGGUGCUCGCAGGGCUCCUGGGCAUGGUGGCCCACAUGAUGUAUACAACUAUAUUUCAAAUCACUGUGAACCUUGGACCAGAAGACUGGAAGCCUCAGACAUGGGACUAUGGCUGGUCAUAUUGUCUUGCCUGGAGUUCUUUUGCCAUCUGCAUGGCUGUGGCGGUCACAGCCACCAGUAGAUACACUACAGCCCACCUGGAGUGUCGGGAGAAGCAGAGGGCAAAGCAGAGCAGUCGGCACCCUCAGCACAACAACCCAGGACCUGACAGUAAGAAGAAUAUCUGGCAAACAAAAACUGUUCCCAGCCCUGCUGGACCUGUCUUUGUGAAAGUAGCACGGCCCUUGCCACAAGAUGUCCCAGGCAAGGUGUCUGCAUGCUAG